AUGAGUGAAAUACAUACUAGUAGUUUUCUAAUUUUAAAAAAAGUUAAUCAUUUUUUAAGAACUUUAAUUAGAACUAAGCCAAACCUUGAUACUGAAAUGAAAAUCGAAAAAGAUUUUGUUGGCGGUUAUGAAUUUGAAGGAACAGUUUUUAGCGAAAGCAAUUCUUCAGACCUCAUUGAUCGAAUGAAACAGGUAAAAUAUUUAACUACUGUUCAAAUUAAUUAUUGUUGUUUUUAUUAUGUAUGUAAUCAAAUGUUUUUAGGUAACACUGCUGUACAUAGCAACAAAGGAGAAGAGAAGAAUACAGACAGUGAUGAUGGCAAUGGUGAAACCGAUGGGGACAGUAACAAUAAAGACAAAUAUGAUAACGGCAAAGAAAAACAAGAGAAACGCAAUGUAACAAAAUAUUCAAAUUCAAAUGUUGGUUUAAACAAUAUAUGGAGAUACAUACAAAACAAACAUUUCCAUGUAACUUUUGCUCUAGAACGUUCAAUACAAAAUUCCAAGAAUCGAAGCACCAACAGCAACACGCCAGUCUAA